CAUACUCACAAAAACAAAAACCCAAUUAGACGACCCAAUUCUUUAGUUGGCUCUUCUCUUUUACAAAUACCUCUCCCAACACACUUCAAAUGCAUAGCAGCUCUUGGAGCUUCUGAUAGGAAAAAGGUUAGUUUUCUUUGCAUUGAAGAGGAAAAGCAAAAUGGUUGUCAAGCUGCUUGGGCCUGCCUAUGCUUCCUGCAGCAGAAGGGUGCUUGCAUGCCUGGUAGAGAAAGAUAUUCAGUUUGAAAUUGUGCAUGUUGAUCUGCUGAAAGGAGAACAGAAAAAGCCAGAGUUCCUGGCCUUACAACCAUUUGGAAAAGUUCCAGCUGUCCAGGAUGGAGAUCUCACGCUGUUUGAGUCAAGGGCUAUCAUGAGGUACUAUGCAGAGAAAUAUGCAGGACAGGGGACUUCUCUGCUGGGAAAGACUUUGGAGGAGAAAGCAUUGGUUGAACAAUGGCUUGAAGUUGAAGGACAGAACUUUAAUCCUCAUGGCAAUGCAUUACUUUAUCAGCUUCUCUACGCUCCAUUGAUUAAUUUGCCUCAGGACAAGGCAGUUAUUGAGAGCAGUGCCCAAAAGCUGGGGGAAGUGCUAGAUGUGUAUGAAGAGAGGCUGUCAAAGAGCAAGUACUUGGCAGGAGACUUUUACAGCCUUGCUGAUCUGUCUCAUCUUCCAUUUACUGAGUAUAUAGUGAAUGCUACUGAUAAGGGAUAUCUGAUUAGGAAUAGGAAACAUGUGAAUGCAUGGUGGGAAGAUAUUUCCUCCAGACCUGCAUGGAAGAAGGUUCUGGCUAUGUGAAACCAUGGACCAUGUGGCUUAUUCUCUUACAAUACCGAUUAACAUAAAUAAAUACCAUGAUCGUAUCAGUGAUUGUCAAGAGUUUUAAGAAGCUUAAAGAGGUGAAUACUUUCUAAUGUGCUAUUGUUAACGCAGCAUGUUUAAGGCAAAGGAGAUCAGGCAAGGUAGCAUGACAAUUCUUGUUCACUUCA